CAGCUAAAGUGAAAAGCCCAAUUGUUAAAGUACACGUACACGAAGUCUUAGAGUUGAAAUGCGCAUUUCGGGCAGAAAUAGAAAAUUGCGUGAGAUUAGGAUGAUUUGAGGUGCAGAAAAUCAGAUAAAGUUCGUAGCCUGCGCAUUACUCGCGGAUACCUCAACAAUGCAACAAUAAUUUUUCACACAUACGGAUAACCAAGCAAGAAUAAAAUCAAAACAUUGGACUCAGUGUUAAUAACUGAAAUAGCCUGAAACUCGAAUAUGAAUACAUUGCCUAAACUGAGACCAGCGCCUGCUCCAAUGACUCCAGCUGCCUUGCUGCCCAAGGCGGAGUCGCCGAGCUACUCGGGCUAUGAUUCAUCAUGCAACAGUGUUGCGGAUGAGGAGAUGAUAGCAGCACCUGUUAAGACCAAGAAGCGGCGCUUGGAUCAUUUGUCAUGGGAGGAGAAGGUGCAAAGAAAGAAAUUGAAGAAUCGCGUUGCCGCACAGACAAGUCGCGAUCGCAAAAAGGCGCGCAUGGAAGAAAUGGAGAUUGAGAUAAAGGAACUGACAGAGAAGACAGAAAUAUUGCAAAACAAAUGCAUGAGCUUGCAGUGCAUUAACGAAUCACUGCUGGCCAAAAAUCAGAAACUGGACAUGGAAAUGGAGCAAAUGCGUCAGGAACUCGCCGAAAUGAAACAGCUUGCCAAAGGCAACAGCCUAAGUGCCAUAGUAGGCGCUGAGGGCUGUGCGUCCACACUCACUGGAUCUGCAGCAUCCAAUGCUGACCCUCUGCAGCAGGGUACAAGUGGACACACAGUCGUCAGCGCGUGCCAUGGCAUCGAAGCUGAACCAGAGCAACACCACAGCCUCGCUAUGGAAAAUUGUGGCUCUCUGCCUUCUAUACAAGACAUGCUGCUCGUCGACGACGAAGAAUUCGACGCGCGACGGCUCGAAGAGUUGGCCGAAAGCCUACUCGCAGAUAUCGCCGCAGACUUGGAAACAGGCACUGAAGCGUGCGAGCCAGAUGCUACCAAAGAUGAAGGCAUCACAGAGCGAUUGCCUAGACCAGUGGUGGGGACCGCAGCAGAGCGCCUGGAAUCCCACGGGCAUAGAGCUGAUGGCCUAAACAGCAACACCAAAAACAUGCAGACCACAGUGCAGCACAGGAGCAGCCCAAGGAAACAAGUGUCACAGAUAAAUGAAAACCAACAAAAGAAAGCUUCAGCAACCAAUAUAGUGAUGAAGCCCCCAACGACAAAAACGAAAAUAAUUUCAGCAGCUGCUUUCAUUCAGGCGCCCACACCGGACACCGUGUAUGGCACCUACGAUGCAAAAACUAAUUCCAUCACCAUUGUUAUGGAUGAUGAUACAGAACCCAUUAACGAGGCGGUUGAGAUAAUUUAUGGCGAUGGUGUUAGCGCUUGCGAUGAUUCUACAGAAGCCAUGUGCCCGCCUCGUGCCACUUCGCCCACAGAGGUGUUCCUCAGUGUUAUUAAUGCCACUGAUGAAUCAGAUGAUGAGACCACAAGCCAUCUUAAUUUCGAGCCUAUGGAAAGUUUUCUCAGUCCGCGUGUAAAGGCCAUUUCACCGCUAGCCAAAUCUCCAGCGUUGUCCAUGCAUUCGGCCAUCUCGGAUCAUGGCUAUGAAUCCAUUAUGGGCUCACCUGCAUCCACAACGCUUACACACUUGGAUAGCGAUGUUAAUAUGCCCGCAAGCGAGGAAGAUGAAUUCCUUUGGGAGAGUAACUUUGAUGAGCUAUUCCCCAGUUUAAUAUGAACGUAAAUUUUUCAAUAGAAAACGUAAUGUUAGUUCAUUUUGAAUACGGCUGGCCGCCUCGUAGCUUAAGUGUUUUAGCUGUUAAAGUUAAGUUAAAUACUUCUCAGAAAUUGUACAGGAUUUGUCGUUGAAGGCUUUACCAUAUAUGAUAUUGGACGUAAUAUUUAAGUGCUAAGCUAAUUUGUUAGUUUCUAUUUAUAUGUAACACAUGUCAUAUUCACAUAGGCGUAACCCUCUUAACUUUUAAUUUCAAUGUGCUCAAAUCUAAUAUGCAUAAUCACACAAACACAAGAUUCUAAAAUAUAUAUAUAUGUGUACUUACAUAUACACAAAGCGGAAAUUG